AUGCCAAAGGCAUUGUAUCUUGCGAUGAUUGGCAACAUGGCCUUCCGAUUUUUGGGUUUCUUGCGCGCUCCAGUCAACACCAGAUUCUUUUCUUGGGUGAUGGGUACUGGUUUGGUUUAUGCAGGAAUUUCUAGGCUUGUCUUCCAGCGGCUGGAGCACUGCCCAGAUGUUACGGAGUCAGCAAUUGUACGAUUUUUGCGCCUUCUCCUUGGUGAACGAUUGGGUGAAUUCUAUGAUGAGGAGGGCGAGGCCAUCCUGGUAGAUGUCAAGGGCAAGUACCGCAUAAGCCUUUUGGGAGUGGCCUUGCUUUGCCUUUUUGCAGUAAACUUUCUUCUCAGCUUUGACGUUGUGCUGGCAAAAUCGGAAGCUUCUGAUGACGUCUUUCUGAACUUCAGCUCUUCGAUCCUGGCCUUGUUUGCCAUCCGCUCCUUAUUCUUUGUGGUCAGGGACUUCUUCACACUUUCGACUGUUACUCGUUCAACUUUGGCACUUGUCUUGUUCCUGAUGGGGUUGGAAAUGCUGACGGGGCCAGCAGUUUACGUGAAUGCCUUUGCCUCCUGUGUUGUAUUUGCCAGCAUGUUGGCUCUUUCUGUUGGCGUUUCAACUUUGCAGCAGUCUCAUGCAAAGUUGCCUUUUUCAGCCCUACAUUGA